AACUAUAAUUUUUUGGCCCUUGUUGAGACGACUUCUUUUAUGUUAUUCUUCCUUUUUCACACUCGACUCCUAUUAUCAUAUUCCUCCUUCUGUGGUGCUCUCAGAUUCGCGCAAUUGAAUCUCUCUUCUCUUUACAUCCCACUCUGACUUGUAUCCCCUCUAACCCCACCAUCGCCGUCACCAUGUCUUCUUUUUUCAUUCCCAACAAGAAUGUUGGCAAUCAAGCCGACUCGGAAGAUUGGAGAAUUCGCGGCUACAACCCUCUGACUCCCCCCGAUCUCCUUCAACACGAAAUCUCCCAAACCCCCGAGUCCAAGAAGACCGUUCUACAAGGUCGUAAUGAGACUGUGGCCGUUGUUAAUGGCACUGACGAGAAGAACCGAUUGCUUGUCGUCAUUGGUCCUUGUUCCAUCCACGAUCCUGCUGCCGCCCUAGCCUACUGCGACCUCCUCUUGAAGGAGAAAGAGAAGCACAAGGAUGAACUUCUCAUCGUCAUGCGAUCUUACCUCGAGAAGCCACGCACAACUGUUGGCUGGAAGGGUCUGAUCAACGACCCUGAUAUCGAUGGCAGCUUCCAGAUCAACAAGGGUCUGCGAAUCUCUCGCCAACUCUUUGUCGACCUUACCGCCAAGGGCAUGCCUAUUGCCAGUGAAAUGCUGGACACUAUUUCUCCCCAGUUCCUCGCCGAUCUGCUCUCAGUGGGUGCCAUUGGCGCCCGUACAACCGAGAGCCAGCUUCAUCGUGAGCUUGCCAGUGGUCUGAGUUUCCCCGUGGGCUUCAAGAACGGAACCGAUGGUUCUCUGAACGUCGCCAUUGAUGCCAUUGGUGCAGCCCAGCACCCCCACCACUUCCUCUCCGUUACCAAGCCUGGUGUUGUCGCCAUCGUUGGUACUGAGGGCAACAAUGAUUGCUUCGUCAUCCUUCGUGGUGGUUCCAAGGGUACCAACUUCGAUGCCGAGAGCAUUGCUGCUGCCAAGGAAGCGCUCAAGAAGAAGGGCGUGCGACAGCGAGUUAUGGUCGACUGCAGUCACGGUAACUCUUCUAAAGACCACAAGAACCAGCCCAAGGUUGCUGCCGAUAUUGCCGGCCAGAUCUCCAAGGGAGAGGAGGGUAUCAUGGGAGUCAUGAUUGAGAGUAACAUCAAUGAGGGUAACCAAAAGGUUCCCGCUGAGGGCAAGUCGGGACUCAAGUAUGGUGUAAGCAUCACCGAUGCUUGUAUCAGCUGGGAAGACACUGUCUCAACACUCGACACUCUUGCGCAGGCCGUGAAAGACCGCCGAAAACUCUCAAACGGAGCUUAAAGUCUGAUUUCUACCACAUUCUGGGCAUGUAAUACGUUUAGCGCUCGAUCCAAAACAAUGUUUCUUGGGAUUGGGGUUGCAUAUUGUUGCAAUAGCUCGCAUAUUUGGUUCAAGGCUUGGAGUUUAAUGGGUUGUUGAUUCAAAGGAUAGAUAAAAAAGCAUGAAGCAAAAUGGUGGAAUUUGGCAAGCAACAGAGAAUAAGAAAAUAGGCGAUAAUUCAAUAUGAAAUAGUCAGGUUUCUAUUGUGUAAA